AUGGAGAUCAUAAAGUCUAACAAAGUGAAACUUAUCAGAUGGCUACGUGGAGAUGAGAUGUUUUUACAGUAUGUUGACCAAGAUGAAAUUCUAUCUAUGGACGAAUACAACACAAUUAAAAACAUCACAGAUCUUACUAAGCAAAUCACAGAACUCGUGGACAAGAUUCUCAGCAAGGGCGACCCCACCUGCAACAAAUUUCUGCGCUUGCUGGCAAAAGAUGAAGUAAAUGAAUCCAGACCCAUGCUCAGGAAGUGGAUAAGACAGAUUGAAGACAAAAUCAAAGCACCAGCCAAAAAGGCAGCAAAGCGUAAAGCAGGCGCCAAGCCUAGUAAAAAGUGUGUAAAAGGCUACAUCCACAAUGUAUCUAAAAUAAUGCUUUCGGUCAAAAAAAACAAAUACUUCACUGCUCUGUUCCAAGAGGCAAAAACCUGUUCCAAACUUGUGGUUUUCAAGAAUCAAGAUUACCAGGAGUACGUUUCAGCUGAGAAAAAACGAACUCCAGUAAAACUGGAAAACAUCACGCGCCAGCGUACAGGUGAAAAGGACAUUAUAGCUGGGUGGGAUUCCAAGCUUUCCUCCUUGAAAAAAUUACCUUUUUCAAUUGAUGCCACCAAGAAACAAGAAACCAACGCUGAACACAAGAAAAUUCGAGACAUUCUUAAAAACCCCAUCAUCAGUCAACAAGUUCAUGUGACUGUAAAAAUAAAGAAACAACUGGAGAAGGGACCCAAAAUGACAAAGGCAAAGAAAGAAUGUGAAAUGACUAAGUACAAAGUCUCGGAUAAAAACGGCUCCUUGGAUCUAACUGUUUGGGGAAAAAGCAAUUUGUCAGUUGGUAAGUGGUACCUUCUGCAGAACCUGUCCGUCGGGGAAUACCAGGGGAAAGCCACACUGAGCACUACCACACAGACAAAAACUGAAGAAGUAGAAGAACCUGGAGCUGCAGCUAAAGCUAAGAGUCUGACAGAUGCCACUAAUGAAGGCUUGAAUGAGGUUGGAACUGGCACUGGAGGCGAGCAGGAAAAUAACAUAGCCUAGCUGCUGAUGUGGCUACGGCUGAAGAAGGGUUGCACUUCCCCUUAACAACACAUUAUUGAAUAGUAAUUUUUAAAACACAGUUUAUACAACUGACAAAUCAGUUCACAGUUGAUCAACGUAUGUGCAGAUGUACUAUAAAUUGUUU